CAGUGUUCUAAAAGGAAGAAAUGGCACAAAAAUCCUUUGCCGGCACCAAAAAGCUAGAAGGUAAAGUCGCCAUUAUCACCGGAGGCGCAAGCGGCAUAGGCGAAGCAACAGCAAGACUUUUCUCAAUUCAUGGAGCAAAAGUUGUAAUCGCCGACGUCCAAGACGAAAAGGGUCGAAUAAUAACCGAAUCAAUCGGGCCAAACAACUGCAGCUACGUCCAUUGCGACGUCACCAAGGAAGAAGAAGUGAAAUCCAUGGUGGAAUCCACUGUUCAAACUUACGGCAAAGUGGAUAUCAUGUUCAGCAACGCCGGAAUCUUAAGAAAGCUCGAUCAAGACCCACCUAUCCUGGACCUAAAUCUGUCCGAAAUAGACCUUACUUGGUCGGUAAAUGCUCGAAGCAUGGCGGCUUGUGUGAAACACGCGGCCAAAGCCAUGGUGGAGCUCGGCGUAAAGGGGAGCAUAGUUUGCACCGGAAGCACGGCGGCGGUCUGCGGCGGAAUCGGGUGGACGGGUUAUCACAUGUCGAAGCACGCGGUUUUGGGCCUCAUGAGAUGCGCGAGUAAACAGCUCGGGAAGCAUGGGAUUCGGGUUAACUGCGUCUCGCCGUCGGUGGUUGCGACGCCGUUGAUGUGCGAAGCCUUUGAUAAAAGUGCCGAGGAAAUUGAGAAGCUUUUCCGAACUGCGACAAACUUAAAAGAAGUUGUGCUCAAAGCUGAAGAUGUUGCCGAGGCUGUCCUGUUUUUGGCUUCGGACGAUUCUGGGUUCAUUACCGGCCAUAAUUUGAUGGUUGACGGUGGUCGUUGCUCUUAGCUGGCGGCGCGUUGUUAUUAUGGCGUUUAUAUAUCCUCUUUCCGCUACCAACAACUGGCGAGAUUCAAUGUAUUAUCUUCUUUUUUCUUUCUUUUUCUUUGUUAUCAUUUGUUUGGAUCCAGGAUUACUUUUUUCUUUUUAAAAUAUCCGCGACCCAACCAAAGUAGUUAUGGUGGAGUGGAAGGGAUUCUUCGACCCUUAAACAUAGGUCAGGGUUCGAAUCUCGCCAUGAGUGUGGAGCAACUUUAAAUAUUUUGACCAACUGUCUCACCCAUCGAGGUGCUUAUAGUUCAGCGAGGGAAAUUAGUCACUGUUAUCGACACUGGACACUCUGUAAAUAUGAAGAAAAAAAAAAAAAUCCGCGACCCUCCCUAUGAUCUAUGGAAGUCUCUGGAAUUCUGGAAAAAAAUCUGUAUUUAAUUAAAUUUAAAAAUUCGACAAUUC